AUGAGAUCAUCGAUCGUUGCUGCAAGAAUUUUCCAAAGAUGCGAGAAACGCUUUCCUCUGCAGCUAGGAAUAACGCAAUCGCAACAUUGUUCCAUGCAACAGCGGAACAUUGUCAGCACUCCAAAUGCCGCGAAAACCUUGUUGGGGAUCAACCAAGAUGUCAAACCUACUGUGAAAGAACUUCGACAUGCCUAUUUUGAAAUGGCCAAAAAAUGUCACCCUGAUGUCCAAGAGCAGUCUGGAGAGGAUGGAGACGCCGUCGUAGAUUUCUUGGAAUUGACAGAAGCCUAUGAAUACUUGUUACACAAUAAGAAUCAUCAUCGACAAGACGGAAACAUUGUAAUCUCCUUGGACGAAGAAGAGGCUUAUCGCCAGGCUUGCGUAGCGGUCCUUGGUAUUCCCGCCGAAAUUGUGGAGGAAUCCAAGCAGAAUCCCAUGUUCCGGCAUUGGCUGGGUGGAAACACAGAUGGUGCCCAGCAUUGGAGGAGCUUCUUGUCUGUUCACGGUGGGUUGGCGCAACGAUUGCGUCCUCCAGCUGGCUAUAUUGAAGGUGGCGAGAAUGGUGGAGCACCCGCAUCAAGGAGGAGACGAAAGAGAUGA